AAGCGGAAGUUGUAAUAUCGCAACGGCCUUGACAUGUCAAAGAGCAAGAUAUGAGCUGAUUGCUGUUAAAUAGGACGCUCGCUUUAUUUAUAUAAACCGCUUUAAAAUGGAUCUGUGCGAAAGCUGUUUUUUAUUAUCAGCAAUUGUGCUGCUGUUGGGACUUGUUUGGCUUCGUUUCCGGGGCCUUGAGUAUGUGAUCAUGCAUUACAGAUGGGUUUUUGUUUGCCUAUUUCUGCUGCCUCUCUCAGUUGUCUAUGAUGGUGCCAUGUAUAUACGAACAUGGCUUAUAUUUAAAAUGAAUUCUGCCCCAAAGAUGCACGACAGCAAAGUCAAACAUGUUCAAGAUCAAGUUAAAGCCUGGAAGGCUGAUGGGAUGAAGUCAGGAAUGUGCACAGCUCGGCCUGGCUGGAUGAACAUAAGUUUUCGUCGCGGUCUCUAUAAGAAAACCAUGCGAAACAUUGAGGUGAACUUGAUUGAUAUCCUCAAUGUGGAUACAGAGCGUAAAAUUGUGAGGGUUGAACCGCUAGUUUCGAUGGGUCAGAUAACGGCCAUGUUGAAUCCGCUUGGCUGGACGCUGCCAGUUCUACCAGAGCUAGACGAUCUCACUGUUGGUGGACUAAUCAUGGGGGUUGGCAUUGAGACAUCCUCGCAUAAAGUGGGACUGUUCCAGCAUUGCUGUGUCAGUUAUGAGCUUGUAUUAGCUGACGGAAGUGUUGUCAAGUGCUCAAAGGAUGAAAACCCGGACCUUUUUUAUGCUGUUCCAUGGUCAUACGGUACCUUGGGAUUUCUAGUUUCUGCAGAGAUACAAAUUGUUCCUGCCAAGAAAUAUGUCAGGAUGGAGUACUUUCCUGCUAAAAGUCGACAGAAGAUGAUUGAGAGGUUUGAGCAAGAGACAAACAAGGGCAGUGGCAAUGAGUUUGUGGAAUGCCUGGUGUACUCUGAGAACUCGGGUGUGAUCAUGACUGGUAAUAUGACUGAGGAGGCUGAGGCAGACAAGAUCAACCCGAUAGGCUAUUUCUGGAAACCAUGGUUUUUCAAGCAUGUGGAGCAAUUUCUGCGCAUUGGUUCUGCUGUGGAGUACAUUCCUUUACGACACUACUACCAUCGACACUCCCGUAGUAUCUUCUGGGAAUUACAGGAUAUCAUUCCAUUUGGCAACCACCCUCUGUUCCGCUACCUCCUGGGCUGGACGGUUCCACCCAAGGUUUCUCUGCUGAAGCUCACGCAGGGGGAGACAACCAAGAAGCUGUAUGAGAAACACCAGGUGAUCCAGGACAUGCUGAUCCCCCUUGGCAAGCUGGACGAGGCACUGGAUGUUUUCCAUAAACACCUCAAACUGUACCCGCUCUGGCUGUGCCCAUUCAUGCUAUACAACCUCCCGGGCCUGGUACAUCCGGCUGGCCACCAGGACGAGAUGUACGUAGACAUCGGGGCGUACGGAGCUCCCACUGCCCCUGGAUUCCAGGCUGUACCUGCCACCAAGAGACUAGAGGAGUACGUCCUAAAGGUCAAAGGGUUUCAGAUGCUGUAUGCAGACACGUACCUCUCUGAGACUGACUUCCGGAAGAUGUUUGACCACAAACUGUACGACACGAUGAGGGAGCGACUGCAGUGUCACAAGGCCUUCCCCGAGAUCUACGGGAAAAUCAAUCGUAAUGUCCGCGAUUAAGGAGAAAACCAACAUUAGCUGUGUGCCAAUAACGUGAGAUGUUAAUUUUACAACUAUUAUAUCUGGUGUUAGCUAUAGCUGUCUCAUGCUGGACAUAUUUCUAAAAAAAAUGAUUUUUUUUAGGCAUAAGAAAUGCUUAUGGUACGUGUAAUAAUACAUUUGGUUGUAUUGAAAUGCCUUAUUGUGGUAUGCACAACAAUUAAAAUAUUUGAAGCCUGGUACUUAUGUAUUAAAUGCCUUUUUCGUUGUAAACACAGUGUCAUUUUAAAAGUUAUGAGGUUUUAUCUUUUUGUUUUUUAUCAAAAGUUCAAAAUGACAUUACAAAAUAUUUGAUUUAAUAAUUAAUAUGCUUUGAUAUUUAUUUUGUGUUACAUUUUUUCACUGUAAGGAACAAGUCACAAAAAAAUUUCAAUGUUUUCGAAAAAAAUAAUUAACAUAUCCAAAUAUUGAUAAACUGAAUUCUGACAAUUUCUUAUCGUUCAAAAUCAUCUGUUGUUCACAGAUGACAUUUCUUUCCACCAUCUUAACAUAAUUAUAAGGUAGUCCUGUAUGUGCAUACAAUGAAAGCAUUUCACGAUUUGUGGGUUCUUAAUUAAAAUGUGGUUUAUUUUAUUGACUACUACCAUGACAGCUUUGAUAAUCAUAAUAAAGCAAAUGUUCAUUGAACUUUUUAUGUCCCCCACUAUAGUAGUGGGGGACAUAUUGUUUUUGCCCUGUCUGUUGGUUGGUCUGUUGGUUGGUUGGUCUGUUGGUUUGCGCCAACUUUAACAUUUUGCAAUAACUUUUGCUACAUUGAAGAUAGCAACUUCAUAUUUGGCAUGCAUGUGUAUCUCAUGAAGCUGCACAUUUUGAGUGGUGAAAGGUCAAGGUCAUCCUUCAAGGUCAGAGGUCAAAUAUAUGUGGCCAAAAUCGCUCAUUUUAUGAAUUCUUUUGCAAUAUUGAAGAUAGCAACUUCAUAUUUGGCAUGCAUGUGUAUCUCAUGGAGUUGCACAUUUUGAGUGGUGAAAGGUCAAGGUCAAGGUCAUCCUUCAAGGUCAGAGGUCAAAUAUUUGUGGCCCAAAUCGCUUAUUUUAUGAAUACUUUUGCAAUAUUGAAGAUAGCUACUUGAUAUUUGGCAUGCAUGUGUAUCUCAUGGAGCUGCACAUUUUGAGUGGUGAAAGGUCAAGGUCAUCCUUCAAGGUCAGAGGUCAAAUAUAUUUGGCCCAAAUCGCUUAUUUUAUGAAUACUUUUGCAAUAUUGAAGCUAGCAACUUGAUAUUUGGCAUGCAUUUGUAUCUCAUGGAGCUGCACAUUUUGAGUGGUUAAAGGUCAAGGUCAAGGUCAUCCUUCAAGGUCAAAUAUAUGGGUCAAAAUUGUUCAUGUAAUGUCACUUCUGCAAUAUUGAAGCUAGCAAUUUUAUAUCUGAAAUGCGUGUGUAUCUCAAGGAGCUGCACAUUUUGAGUGGUGAAGGGUCAAGUUCAAGGCCAUCCUUCAAGGUCAAACGUCAUAUAGGGGGACAUUGUGUUUCACAAACACAUCUUGUUUUAUUUGUUUUUCAUCAAAUACCUCAAUUUUGUUAUAUUUGAUUGAAAUAAGAACAUAAUUUCAACUUUAAAAAGAUGUUUGUUCCAGCAAUAUUGGAACAAAGGGCCUAAGGCUUACUGCAAUUAUGUAAUGGUGUUAGUUUCCUGUCACUAGCUCGCAACCAAGGCCACUGACUGGCAAAAAGUUGUCCAGACUGUUAUUUCAUUGUUAAAAAAACAUUCCACAAAUCCUCACUGUGCUUUAAGAGAAGGCCAGUCUUGAAAAAAGGUCAAAUAUUGACAUAAUACAGCUUUUUCGUGGUUAAACAUGUGUUACAAAGACACAUCUAGUUUAAUUGUUUAACAAUUAAUAAAGAGAAAAAAUUAUAUUGUAAAACAACGCACUGAUUUUUUAUAAAAUGUUUCUGGUUUUAACAAAAUGUAACUGUUUUUAACAAAUUGUUGCUGAUUACAAGGUGCUUAAAGAUAUACAAGAACUAAUGAACCCUUUUUCUCGUUCUUUCUUUGAGCAAUGUCGAUAAUUAUUUUUGUUUAUGUUCUUUUUGGGCAAAACCCUGUACCUUGUAGUUACUGUUCUGUUUUAGCAACACACUAAACUUUGGUUGUUAAUAGAUCUUUGAGCAACACUUUGUGAUGUUGCUGCAAAUAGAUCUGUUGGCAAGCUCCUGUACUGUUGUUGUCAAUAGAUCUUUGAGCAACACCAUCUAAUGUUGUUGUUACUAGAUCUUUGAACAACACCCUGUACUAUUGUUGUUACUAGAUCUUUGAACAAAGCCCUGUACUAUUGUUGUUACUAGAUCUUUGAACAACGCCCUGUACUAUUGUUGUAACUAGAUCUCUGAACAAAGCCCUGUACAAUUGUUGUUACUAGAUCUCUGAACAAAGCCCUGUACUAUUGUUGUUACUAGAUCUCUGAACAAAGCCCUGUACUAUUGUUGUUACUAGAUCUCUGAACAAAGCCCUGUACUAUUGUUGGUACUAGAUCUCUGAACAAAGCCCUGUUACUAUUGUUGUUACUGGAUCUCUGAACAAAGCCCUGUACUAUUGUUGUUACUGGAUCUCUGAACAACGCCCUGUACUAUUGUUGUUACUAGAUCUUUGAACAAUGCCCUGUACUAUUGUUGUUACUAGAUCUUUGAACAACGCCCUGUGCUAUUGUUGUUACUAGAUCUCUGAACAAAGCCCUGUACUAUUGUUGUUACUAGAUCUUUGAACAACGCCCUGUACUAUUGUUGUUACUGGAUCUUUCAGCACAACCUGCACUAUUGUUGUUACUAGAUUUUUAACUAAAUAAAAAAUAUUUAGUAAAGAUUUCCAUAAUUGUUUCUGUUUUCUUGUUUUCAUUAUUGCUAUUAUCUACAUACAAUAUUGCAAAUUAUUACAUAAAAAACUCCAUUCCACUAUGUAUUUUUAUAUAUUUGCUAUUAGGUAUGAUUUUCAUAUGGUGUUUUUGCGUGAAUAACAUUUGUUUGUAAGAAAAAAUCAAAAAUUAUGUGCAUAUUUAUACAGUAGAAUACUGUAGAAUCGUUGUUAGGCUCUCAAGUAAGGAUCAGGAUUUUUUUAGCUUACAUCUUUGUUAUCUAAUGGUGACUGGACUUCUUUAGUACUAACAGUUUUUUAUACACUUUUCGCAUAAAAAAUAUCUAGUGAUAUUUUGUACAUCCAAUACCUCAUUUGAAGGUUAGUUCAUGUACUGAGUAUCAUUAUCCCACAGUUGGUCAAGUCUGAUUUUGAAAAUAUUUAAUGAUUUUGCAGGCACUACUUCGUAAGGUAAAUUAUUCCAUGCAGAUAUGAUUCUUUGAGAUAAACUUUUUAGUCUAAAAUUUGUCUCACAUGUUGGUUUGGCAAGUUUAAAACAGUGUCCUUAAGUGUUUAAUGUGUUGAAGGAGAACAAUCGCUCACAUUCUAUAUCAUCUAGUUGAUUAAUGAUUUUGUAACACUGAAUAAUCUCCUCUUCUACGUCUAUGGGAAAGGCUGGGUAGUUUAAACGUCUUCAAGCGAUUGUUAUAGUUCAUAUUUAGGGACUUAUCUUGUUAUCCACCUCUACAAACCCUGAAUACUUUCAAUUUCUCUCUGUAGGUAAGGAAACCAAACUGUGUUCCCAUAUUCAAGGUGUGGACGCACGCCAGCUUUGUAUAAUUUGACAUACGAGUCCUUAUCCAGAAAUACAAGAUACAUUCUUUUUAGACCAAGAACACUGUUGCAGUUUUUAACUUUACUGGAGACAUGCUUAUUAAAUUUCAGAUUGUCAUGGAAGAUGGACAUAAUAUGGAAGUUAAACUAACAGGUCUAUAGUUACCUGUUUCAGACUUAUAACUUCCCUUUUUGAAUAAAGGAGUUACAUUUGCAUAUUUCCACUCACUAUGUAUUUAACCAGAUGACACUGAUUUUUUUUAAUCCAUUGAAACAGUGUUUGCCAUAACAUUAGCUUAACUUUUCAGAAAAAUGGGUGAAUAUUGUCCAGUCCCAUAGACUUGGUUGUGUUUAAAUCUGAGAGUAACUUCUCAACUUCAUAGGAGCCCUCUUCGAUUCUUGCCAAAGGUUCAUCAAAGUUCACAUCAUUUACCUGGGAAUGUUGUUAAGAUUUUUCUGUGUAAAAACACUUGGAAAGAAGUCAUUUAAGUCCUUCGCUUUGUAAAGAUCGGAGAAAGUAAAAGUUCUAUCAAGUCUCCAAUAUAUGAUUUUCAUUUAGUCGUACCUCCAAAAAAAGUUGAGGUUCAUUUUUGUGCAUGAAGAGAAUUUUUUUUUUCAAAGUUAACUUAUACUUUUUAAGCACUGUCAUUUUCACUGUUGCUUAUUUUCAUUGUACAUAAACCUGUUUUAGAAUAUCCAAUUUUAGGAAUUUUCCCAUCGUCAUUUGUUUAACUUUUGAAGAGCAUGGGGUGACUUGGUGAUGUUUUUAGAUAUUGGAUGCUGAUUUCAGAGAGUUGAUUAUCUAGGUACUUUUGUUAAUCAGAUUCAGUUCAUGCAAGAUUUUGUUCAAACAUAUCAUUCUUACAUUUCCUUCACAUUGUGUUGUGUCUAUUAAACAUAUCAAUUCAGAAUGUUCUUUGAUUUUUUUCUUGUAUUUAUGGCUAUGAAUAAAUAUAAAAUAAAUAUAUUUCCACACCCUUCAUGAGUAAAUACUCUUACAUCCAUCUUUAAAAUGAGGCAGUUUGUUUCAGUUUUUUUGGAUGUGAAGUGGUUGUGAUAUUUAUGGUACAAUCUUGGUCUUUCCAUCAACUUUUUAAAGAGUUAUUCCAUGCCAAUGUAUUAUGAGUUAUUUCAUGCCACUGUAUUAAGAGUUAUUUCAUUCCACUGUAUUAAGAGUUAUUUCAUGCCACUGUAAGAGUUAUUUCAUGCCACUGUAUGAAGAGUUAUUUCAUUCCAUUGUAUUAAGAGUUAUUUCAUGGCACUGUAUUAUGAGCUAUUUUAUUCCACUGUAUAAUUAUGAACUUUGAUAAAUUUUAAUAAUAUUUAGUAGUUGAACUAUUUUUCUAUGUUAUGUUCAUCAGUUUCGUGACUAGUAUUCAUGCAUUAUAUUUGUAUUGCAUAUAUAUUUACGAUUUAACAUUCCUUAGAUAUAUUCAUUAUACCGAGUAUGAUUUUGAAUAAUGUUUCAUCAUAACAUUGUCACCAUACUCUAUUUUUGAUUCAAUUUACACAAACAGAAUAGACAUGAAACAACUAUAAAAUUGAAAUCAAAAGUGAAACUGGUGUAUGUAGAAAUUAAAGAUUCAUCAUAUUUUUUUCUGUCAUUUUGUGUUAGGUUUGUAUUGACAUGCACAAGUUAAGGUUUGUGUUGACAUUCACAACUUGUUGUAUGAAAUGCUCUUAUGGCUAAUGAAGCUUGUGGUCACAUAGCUGACUGGCCAUCACA